GGGAGCGCGGCGCGGGGCUCCAAGAUGGCUUUGGCCGGGCUCUGCGCGCUGCUCGCCGGGUGCUGCCUGGCGGCCGGCAGCGGCCCCGCCGAGGCGGCGGCGGAGGCGGCGGCCAAGGAGCUGGAGUGCAAGCUGAAGAGCAUCACGGUGUCGGCGCUGCCCUUCCUGCGGGAGAACGACCUCAGCAUCAUGCACAGCCCCUCGGCCGCCGAGCCCAAGCUGCUCUUCUCCGUGCGCAACGACUUCCCCGGCGAGAUGGUGGUGGUGGACGACCUGGAGAACACGGAGCUGCCCUACUUCGUGCUCGAGAUCUCGGGAAACACGGACGACAUCCCCCUGGUCCGCUGGCGGCAGCAGUGGCUGGAGAACGGCACGCUGCUCUUCCACAUCCACCACCAAGAUGGGGCCCCCAAUCUGCCCGGCUUUGAGCCCACCGAAGAGCCCCAGACCGAGUCGGCUGAAGAGGAGCUGAGGAUCCUCCACAUCUCCGUCAUGGGAGGGAUGAUCGCCCUGCUGCUCUCCAUCCUGUGCCUGGUGAUGAUCCUCUACACCCGCCGGCGGUGGUGCAAGCGGCGCCGCGUGCCGCAGCCCCAGAAGAGCGCCAGCGCCGAGGCGGCCAACGAAAUCCACUACAUCCCGUCGGUGCUCAUCGGGGGCCACGGGCGCGAGAGCCUGCGCAACGCCCGCGUGCAGGGCCACAACUCCAGCGGCACGCUCAGCAUCCGCGAGACCCCCAUCCUGGACGGCUACGAGUACGACAUCACCGACCUGCGGCACCACCUGCAGCGGGAGUGCAUGAACGGCGGCGAGGACUUCGCCAGCCAGGUCACCCGCACCUUGGACUCGCUGCAGGGCUGCAACGAGAAGUCCAGCAUGGACCUCACGCCAGGGAGCGAUAACGCCAAGCUGUCCCUGAUGAACAAGUACAAGGAUAACAUCAUCGCCACGAGCCCCGUGGACUCCAACCACCAGCAGGCCACGCUGCUGUCCCACACCUCCAGCAGCCAGCGCAAGCGCAUCAAUAACAAAGCGCGAGCCGGCUCCACGUUUCUGAACCCCGAGGGGGACUCCGGGACGGAGGCGGACACCGAUCCCCAGCUGACCUUCUACACUGACCCGUCGCGGAGCCGCAGGCGCAGCCGAGUGGGCUCGCCCCGCAGUCCCGUGAACAAGACCACGCUGACCCUCAUCAGCGUGACGAGCUGCGUCAUCAGCCUGGUGUGCUCGUCCCACAUGAGCUGCCCGCUGGUCGUCAAGAUCACCCUCCACGUGCCCGAGCACCUCAUCGCUGAUGGGAGCCGGUUUAUCCUGCUGGAGGGGAGCCAGCUGGACGCCAGCGACUGGCUCAACCCGGCGCAGGUCGUCCUCUUCUCGCAGCAGAACUCCAGCGGGCCCUGGGCCCUGGACCUCUGCGCCCGGCGCCUCCUCGACCCCUGCGAGCACCAGUGCGACCCCGAGACUGGUGAGUGCCUUUGCUACGAAGGUUACAUGAAGGACCCCGUGCACAAGCAUCUCUGCAUCCGCAACGAGUGGGGAACGAACCAGGGGCCCUGGCCGUACACCAUAUUCCAGCGUGGGUUCGACUUGGUGCUGGGAGAGCAGCCGUCGGAUAAGAUCUUUCGGUUCACCUACACCCUGGGGGAAGGCAUGUGGCUGCCGCUGAGCAAGAGCUUCGUCAUCCCACCGGCCGAGCUGGCUAUCAACCCCUCCGCCAAGUGUAAGACUGACAUGACGGUGAUGGAGGAUGCAGUGGAGGUCAGGGAAGAGCUGAUGACCUCCUCUUCAUUUGAUAGCCUGGAGGUCCUCCUCGAUUCCUUUGGCCCCGUUCGCGACUGCUCCAGGGACAACGGGGGCUGCAGCAAGAACUUCCGUUGCAUCUCGGACCGCAAGCUGGACUCAACAGGCUGUGUGUGCCCGACGGGACUGAGCCCCAUGAAAGAUGGCACGGGUUGUUACGACCGUCACAUCGGGGUGGACUGCUCGGACGGCUUCAACGGGGGCUGCGAGCAGCUGUGCCUCCAGCAGAUGGUCCCGCUGCCCGACGACCCUCUCCUCUACAACAUCCUCAUGUUCUGCGGGUGCAUCGAGGACUACAAGCUGGGCAUGGAUGGGCGGUCGUGCCAGCUCAUCUCAGAGUCAUGCCCCGAGGGAGGAGACUGUGGGGAGACCCGGGAGCUGCCCAUGAACCAGACUCUCUUUGGGGAGAUCUUCUACGGCUACAAUAACCACUCCAAGGAGGUGGCAGCAGGACAGGUGCUCAAAGGGACAUUCAGGCAGAACAAUUUCGCUCGGGGCUUGGAGCAGCAGCUGCCGGACGGGCUGGUGGUGGCCACGGUGCCGCUGGAGAACCAGUGCCAAGAAGAGCUCUCGGACCCCACGCCCGACCCCGAGUUCCUCACCGGGAUGGUGAACUUCAGCGAGGUGUCCGGAUACCCCCUCCUGCAGCACUGGAAGGUGCAGUCCGUCAUGUACCACGUCCGGCUCAACCAGCUGACCAUCUCCCAGGCUUUCAGCAACGCGCUCCACUCCCUGGACGGAGCCACCUCCCGCGGAGAUUUUGUGGCUCUGCUGGACCAGUUUGGCAACCACUACAUCCAGGAGGCCAUGUACGGCUUUGAGGAGUCCUGCUCCAUCUGGUAUCCCAAUAGGCAGGUCCAGCGGCAGCUCUGGCUGGAGUACGAGGACAUCAGCAAAGGCAACUCCCCGUCGGACGAGUCGGAGGAGCGAGAGCGAGACCCCAAGGUGCUCACCUUCCCUGAGUACAUCGCCAGCCUCUCCGAGUCGGGCACUAAGCGCAUGGCAGCCGGCGUGCGGAUGGAGUGCCAGAGCAGAGGGCGCUGCCCCUCAUCCUGCCCGCUAUGCCAUGUCACCUCCGGCCCCGACACGCCUACUGAGCCCAUCCUGCUUGAGGUCACCAAGGCAGCACCCAUCUACGAACUGGUCACUAACAACCAGACCCAGCGGCUCUUGCAGGAGGCCACCAUGAGCUCGCUGUGGUGCUCGGGGAGUGGGGAUGUCAUCGAGGACUGGUGCCGGUGCGACUCGAGCGCCUUCGGGGCUGAUGGGCUGCCCACCUGCGCACCCCUCCCGCACCCCAUCCUGCGGCUGUCCACGGUGCAUGAGCCCAGCAGCGCCCUGGUGGUGCUGGAGUGGGAGCACUCAGAGCCGCCCAUUGGGGUGCAGGUCGUCGACUACCUCCUGCGCCAGGAGAAAGUCACCGACAGGAUGGACCACUCCAAGGUGGAGACUGAGACGGUGCUGAGCUUUGUAGACGACAUCAUCUCCGGUGCCAAGUCGCCCUGCGCGAUGCCGGCCCAAGUGCCCGACAGGCUGUCCUCCACCAUCUCCCUCAUCGUUCGCUGCCUGGAGCCCGACACCACUUACAUGUUCACGCUCUGGGGAGUUGAUAACACAGGGAGACGCUCCAGGUCCAGUGAUGUGACAGUCAAGACCCCCUGUCCUGUGGUAGAUGAUGUGAAAGCUCAAGAAAUAGCAGACAAGAUCUACAAUCUCUUCAAUGGCUAUACCAGCGGCAAGGAACAGCAAACAGCCUACAACACCCUGCUGGAUCUAGGGUCCCCCAGCCUGCACCGUGUCCUUUACCACUACAACCAGCACUACGAGAGCUUUGGGGAGUUCACCUGGCGCUGUGAAGAUGAACUGGGGCCCAGGAAAGCUGGCCUCAUUCUCUCGCAGCUUGGGGACCUCAGCGGCUGGUGCAACGGCCUCCUGCAGGAGCCCAAGAUCAGCCUCCAGCGCUCGUCCCUCAAGUACCUCGCCUGCCGUUACAGCGAGAUCAAGCCCUACGGGCUCAACUGGGCAGAGCUCAGCCGGGACCUCAAGAAGACGUGUGAAGAGCAAACGCUAAGCGUCCUUUACAAUGACUAUGGUGACAAAGACUACUGAGGGUUGCAGACACCCACUCUCACGCUGGCCUUCCCAAGGGCAUUUGUGAGGGUUUUGUACACGGACCUUCGGUGGUGGGGGGAGGGUGUCACUGGCGUUUCUGGAGACAAAAACUUGGACCAGGGAGAGAAACGACUGCUCUGUGCAGGACUCAGUAUUAGAAUCUUCUUCAACUUGGCCAAAAGCCUUUCUAGUUAGAAGUCUUGUGGGACCCAGUUUUCUUGGUUUAUUUUAUUCGUUUUACCGAGAGGUUCCUCAAGUUACAGAGGUGGAUGCAAACUGUGGAAGAGCAGCCUGGGAGGGCACAGCCCUUUCUCCAUGCUCAGUUCCCCUUCCGCUUCCCCUGGCUGCGGCAGCCAGUGCUGAGAGCGGUGGAUCACCAGUUACCGAAGAAACAUGGUGACAGAGCCAGGAAGGGAGAGCAGGUCCGAGUCGGUAGUGAUAAAUGCAGCGGCUCAGUUAAUUCAGGGUUGGAACAGUGGAGGCCAGGCAUACAGGUCAGAGUGACAUGCUUUCCUUGAAUGGUUAUUUCUGAGCAAAACAGCCAUCGUGCAGCCAAAGGGGAUUUUUUUUGCAAUUGUAAAGCAUGUGGUCUGGAUGACGACCUAAGCAGCUGUGGCGCCGUCACAGAGCAGGGCUGGCUUGGUGCUGUCAGAUGGAGGAGAGUCGGGAGAAGGCCUUAGUGGACCCGUCUCCUUCAGUUGGGUCUUGUACUGUUGAAUCCUCUAUCUGCUCAGAGUUGCAGAGUCCUCCAGGUCAGAUGCAGCUUGACCUCAGAGGGCCUGUGGUCAGCUGGACAUCCCUGUUGACCUUCCUGAACUUUGUUCUUGUGGGACCAAACUCCUAGGAAGUUAACUUAAAAAUUCCUUCCAUUUUCUUUUCAUACACCAUAAUAAAGAUUUCUAAGCAGUGACUACUGUUCAGGAGAGCUCCGACAAAGACAAAAGUACCUAGACAGCAUGAGCAAGGCUGUCUUCUGUAUUAGCUGCUCUUUAACUAUGGCAUAGCCCCAACUCUGCAUAGCGAGAGGAGCCUAGCGUAGCAUAGCCCCAAUGAGUUUGUGCCAAAUUUGCAUUCCCACGCUGCACCAGGCUUUGUCUGCUGUGCACCCCCGUCCCUCCUGCUCGUUUUGCGCUCGGCAGAAAGCACAGCCCCGCAUGCUAGCGUGCAGAGCGGCUGCCUGUUUAACUGCCGCAUGGCACUGCCCCCGGAGAGCCUCUGGAAAUCUUGCCUCCGGGGAGCCUGAGGUCGAAGGAUUUUUUAUCCAGUGCCACAUGGGGAAAGUGAUUUCAGGACAGCUACAUCGGGGCAGGACAGGCCCAUUUGAAGAGACUCCUGCUCUGCAGGUCCAGGUGGUCUUUGGGACCUCAGGGCUGCCAGCUUUCCCUUUGGGCAUGUUGCACGGACGUUCCUGGUGCUCGUACUAGAAAGGGGUUGAUGUAAUGGGUGAUGGUGGACAGGCGUGUGGAGUUGGCACUUUUCCCUAUUUAGACUCAUAUCUGUAGCUAUUACCGAUGACUUCUUUUUUAAAUUGGAGAACUGAGGUGGCCCUGGGACACCGAGCUCAGUUCAAGACAAACCGUUCUCCGAAACCCUGUUACCACAGGCAGUGUUGGAGGCAGCAAACUCCUUCAGAGUCCUGCUUGUGCUUGCAGAAGUCUGUUUUGCAGAGGCGGCGUCUUUGAACUUGUCAGCUGUGCACCUUUGAUCUGGACAAACCAGGAGCCCUAUAGUGGGGUUUUUAAUGAUGCCUCUUCAGAGCAAAAUUUCCUUUUCAUUUUUCAGUUCUGGCAGAAGCAAUC